CCAUGGGACAGAACAGGUCCGACUCUCUGACAGGAGAGAGCAAGGCGCUUCCCGACAGCAAAAAGAAGAUGAAGACCCUGGCGCAGAGACGACAGUCUGCUCCUUCACUGGUCAUCAGCAAAGCCCUCACCAGAUCAAGGAGCACGUCCAGGGAAAGCUGCUUGACGCCAGUGAGCCCGGAGUCUUGUCCCCUUGUCCAGGCCUUCCUGGCUGAGUGUCCAGGCCGCCUAUUCCUGGGUCAUGCCCAAACACAGCUAAAGACUGGCCUGCAGACCCAGGAGAGACACCUUUUCCUCUUCACCGACGCACUCCUCGUCGCUAAGGCCAAGUCUCCUACUCAUUUCAAAGUAAAGGCUCAGGUCCGAGUAUGUGAGAUGUGGACAGCUAACUGCAUGGAGGAAGUGUGUGAAGGAAGCACAAACCCUGAGAGGAGCUUCGUUAUGGGCUGGCCCACCUGCAACUGUGUGGCCACCUUCAGCUCUGAAGAGACCAAGGACAAGUGGCUGGCGCUCAUCAACAGUCGCAUAAGUGAGGGGAAAGAGAAGGAUGACCCUAAGACCAUUCCUCUGAAAAUCUUUGCAAAGGAUAUUGGAAACUGUGCAUACGCCAAGACACUUGCGGUCAGCAACGCUGACAGCACCACUGAAGUCAUCCGCAUGGCUCUGCUGCAGUUUGGCAUAUCAGGUUGCGUUAAAGACCACCGGUUGUGGGUGAGUUCCAGUAAGGACGACCCUCCAUAUCCACUCAUUGGCCACGAGUUUCCCUUCAGCAUUAAGAUGAGCCACAUUCGAGACGGUGGGAGCAACAGUGGAGGACUUGGAGGAGGAAUAGGGAGGGAUGUGCUGAGUCCCACAGACUGCCCAGGGGUCCUGCUCCUGGACCAGUGUCUCCCUCCAGACACACAGUGCCAGUUUAUACUGAAACCCAACAAGGCUGUCCUUGGACAGACUCAACUUAUAGAGCCUGCUCAGCAGAAGUCUUUCAAGAGAAAGAGAUCUCUGAUCAAUUGGCCUUUCUGGAGAGGUUCAAGCACACAGCUGGACGGCGUCCCCCUGUCCCCAACCUUGCUCUCCACCGCUCACGGUCGGCUGUUCGGACGAUCCUUGAGCUCCAUCUGCUCUCCAGAAAACGGCCUGCCUAAACCUGUCAUGGACAUGUUGGCGUUUCUGUACCUGGAGGGGCCAUACACGAGAGGCGUCUUCAGGCGGUCAGCUGGAGCAAAAGCCUGCCGGGAGCUUCGAGACAGACUGGACAGUGGGAGCGAGGACCCGGAGAUCACACACCAGUCUGUGUUCGUCAUUGCUGCCGUCCUCAAGGACUUCCUGCGAAAUAUCCCAGGCAGCAUACUGUGUGUGGAUCUGUAUGACCAGUGGAUGGAAGUGAUAGAAGGGGAAGGAGGAGAGGAGAGGAUACCGGCUGUCCAGAGGUUGCUCCACCUCCUGCCCAGUGAGAAUCUACUUCUGCUGCGACAUGUAAUCGCCAUACUCCACUGUAUACAAGGCAACGCCGACGACAACCAGAUGAACGCCUUCAAUCUGUCUGUCUGUAUUGCUCCCAGCAUGCUUUGGGCUCCAGCGCCAAGCACCCCUGAAAUGGAGGGGGAGGCCACAAAAAAGGUUUGUGAGCUUGUUCGCUUCCUCAUUGAGAACUGCAGCACCCUCCUGGGGGACACGGCAUCGCUCUUCAGAGCCUUCAGCCAGAAGAGCAGCAGCAGCGACCAUGGAUCCGAUGUGUCAUCCUUCCAGAUGAACGACUCGUCUUAUGACAGUCUGGAGAAUGAGCUGAACGAUGAUCCCGAGUCCCCCUUCCAGGAACAGCUUCCACUUCGCGACAAAGACAAGCCGGACAGCUGCAGCCGUGACUCCGUCAUCACGCUCAGUGAUGGCGACCCUGAUCCUGACCCUGAUUCUGACCUUCUGCUGCAGCUCCCACCUCUGGCCAGGCCCAGUCGGUUCAGCCCUGCAGUUCGACAGCCUCGCACGCGCCACGCCAACGGCUCGUCACAGGGUCUUAGAAGACUGAGGAGGAGUUCAGAACCUGCCUUAGCCUUGGCAAGCACACCGACUUCAAGCGUGCUGAUGGCUCACGCUGAUAACCGCCACCCGUCAGUAAGGAAGGCGAGCUAUGAUGCUGCCAUGGAAGGGGAAGGGGAGGAAGAGGAUGAGGUUUUUCUUGAGCAGGGGCUCAAUGAGCUGCAGCUGAAAGAGGAGGGAGAGGAUGGGUGUGAGAAGAGAGGACCCAAAAUCCAGAAUGGCGGGAGGAGAAAGAUGAAGCAUGCCCCUCCACCACCAUUGCGAUUGGACGCCAGUUGUUCUAGUCUGUCUUCACCGGCAACUUCACCGACCGGCUCCUCCCUCAGCUCUUUAGACUCUGCCUUCUCACAGUACUCCACUGACUAUACCACAAAUGUGGCAGUUCCAUUAAGUGAACCCCUUCCUCUCUCUCCUCUUUUUCCUGGACGCCCACAGCAGUCCUCCAGGGGCUCCCCACCUCAGAGAGAAGCUCCGCAUCAUUGGCUGCAGUCCACCCAGCCCCCUCGAACCAGUCAAACCACUUCUCACUCUCACGGCCUCCACCCUAACAUAUGGCUUAAAAAGGAACGGUGCCUGACACUAAGGCAGCCUGACAGUGGACGCACAGAGGAGGACUUGCCCGUGGUAAACGGGAAAUCCUACUCAAGCAGUAAUGGCUUCUCUGUCAGUGCCCAGGAGGCAGUGGUGAAAAAUCAGAACUGCAAACAUAGAUCCAGCAGCCCUCCAUCUUACCAGCAGGCUCUACUGCAACUGCAGCAUAGCCACUCUCCUUUUUACAGCGGGACAGAGAAGCCUCUGACAGUCAAAGAUCUGAGACAGCUCCAUGACCAGACCUCUCCUAACAAACUCAAACCAAACACAGGAACUGAGGUCACGCAGACACUGGCUGAAAGUGGGUAUGUGCAGCCCCCAAAGGGUGUUUUCUUUGGACAGAGUGCCACCACUCUGGUGCUCCACAGACAAAAGUCCCACUCUCUAAUUCCAGCCACGGAAGGCCACAGAGGGACGAAGACCCUUCCCCGCCGAGCAUCUGAACCUGCUAAGGUCACUGUGAACUCUAACCCCUCCACCAGCCUUACCUUGGACAGACUUCGUGCUUCCAAAACACGGCCCCAAGAUGGCAGCUUGAGAGUGUCAGACGUGGAGCACAACCACACCAAGCCACGCGGCUUCCUGUCGCCUUCUGCCACCAGGGCUGUAAGGGACUACUUUUCCUCGCAGGGUCAGGAGGAUGCGGAUGCCUGCCUGCAGAGGAGUCAUGAGGUUGCGCUAGCAAUUGUGCAGGGUAAGAAGGAGUGGCAGAACAGACGGUGCAGUGACCCACGGCUGGAGGACUUUGAACAACUUUUUUUUGCAGAAGAAUCAUAUGUGUAAAUAAGAACUUUGUAUAGACAAACUGUAUAGGGGAGAUUGAUUUUAUAUAUUUUAAUUUGUACACGACUGUCUCAUUGAUGUAACUUUUUUUAUAUACACCUUUGACCUAUUGCUGACUACUGUAAUGGUACAUCAGCGGUUUAAGACUUUGUAAGGUACAGAUGCAGCUCCUGCUUAAGUGGUUCUCAUCUUUGUGGCUUUAAUCUACAUGUUAUGUCCGAUAACCAGCAAACAGAAGUCCAAAAAGUUUGGAGUUUUUGGUUGUAAUUUAAAGUAUCAGCAUUUAGUUGACAUUGCCCUACAGCUUGGGUCCUCAAACUGUUGAACAGUGCACAAAGCUAUGGUCAAAAUGGGUCAGUGUAGCAGCUCUAGUGCCAAAAUUCUGGUUUCUCUGAAAAAAAAAAAAAAUUUUCACCUCGUCCUUGAAUGCCUUCCAGAUGUAUUAUUGUUUUCUCGGCACGUGAUGAAAUUCUGCAGCGUUUGUCAGAAGUGACAAAAGAAAAGACAAAGAAAUCUUUUAGCCUGUGUUCGGGAAGCUUGCAAAAUGUUUAGAAAGUAAGCAGAAAAUCCAUAACAACUGAUGGGAAAUGAAGGCCGUGUCACAUUUUUGUAGUCACUUUUUAAACAGCAACAUUAAACACUGAGCAGCAUUUGUAUCACUUGUGACCCGUCUCAACCAUGAAGUGAACUAAUUCUUUUCCCGUGACUGAAGUGUUUGUCUGAGUCUGUGGGCCAGUUUUUUGUUUUCUUGUUUUUAUUCAUAUAAACAAUUUCCAGACACAAAGCUCAGCCUUGUCCUCAGUAACGCUGGUUAAUAUCUCAGACCUGGAAGGGAAGAAUAUGUGUGUGUGUGUGUGUGUGUGUUUGCAUAAAAGAAAGCGUUGCUGACUAUGAUGUGAUCAUCGACAGUGAGUCCUCAGCCAAAAGAAAAUCAGUGCGACUGCAAGAGAAGUUUCUUUGAGUUUUGCUUUUAAAGCACUUAAUUAUCCUCAUCAAGGAGACACCUUAACGAGCAUGUGCAUGUUGAGCUGGCUGUAGCAGUUUCUCGAACUCUUGUCUGUUUUGUCAGUAUGCAUGUGAGCUUUUUGUUCCAGUGCUGCUGUCACUGCAGUGUUGAUUUCAUACAAUGAAUGGCCUUAUUCCAUUCCAUUUGUCUAUUAAUGUAAUGAAAAGUAUGUAAAUACAUACCCACAGAUAGUCUGUUGUUAGCUGUUGUUAGUUUACACCGGUAACAAACAUUGUUGUCACUUACCUUCUUUACAGGACCACACACCGAAAUAAGGACAUCGUCACGUGCUACCAUUUUAAAUGAUCUCAUAAAGUACUUUGUCCUGUAUUAUUAAUAUUAUUAUCGCCUUUAAAGAAUUGUGUUCUGCCUGUAUAGUUCUCCAUAUUUAUGAUACAGAUAUAUGUAUAAAAUCUAUAUAUAAAUAUAUUAUCUUGUCAUUUCGUAUGUGGUGUGGUGUGGUGUGGUGUGAGGAAUUCAAAUGUGUAUUUUUGUACUUGCCAAUUCUGCUGCUGCUGUCUUUAUAGAAAGUAUAUUUGCUACCAAACGCACCCUUUGUAUAUUGUGUACAUCUGAAUUCCAAUGCUCACAAGAACCAAAUAUCAUUGAUUUUAAUAAAUGUUCCUCUUGAGAAA